CAAAAAUCCACCCAUUAUAAAAGCGAAAUAAUUCUCUAUUUUCACGUUUUAAAGCGAGUAGGCGUUGCAUUCACUGCUAUUUGAUUUUCAGACCAUGCCACUCUCCUAAGAAGUUUCAUCCUCCCUCUUUCACAACUUCGUACCACAUCUCUUUGAUUAUACUUAUACCGUGAUAACAUAGAAAACAAAAAUUUUGUUCUGACGGAAAAUUUCUAAAUUUGGAGUUCUACAUGGAGUUCUUCAACAAAAAAGCGGUAAGACUAAGGAGCCACCUAGACAAGUACUUAGUUGCCGAUGAAGAUCAACAAUCCGUUCGUCAGAGCCGCAACGGAUCAACCCGAAAAGCUCGAUGGAUCGUCGAGCUCGUCGAGACCAACAGCCACGUGGUCCGUCUUCGAAGUUGCUACGGGCGUUACUUAACCGCGACGAGUUCUCCGUUUCUUCUAGGCAUGACGGGGCAUAAAGUGAUGCAAACCGUGCCCGAAAAUAUUAAAGACUUCGCGGUCGAGUGGCAACCAAUAAGGGACGGAUUUUCGGUUAAAAUUCGGGGAUUCGGGGGGAAAUAUUUACGUGCGAAUGGUGGCACGGUGCCUUGGCGAAAUUCGGUCACGCAUGAUAAUCCGCAUAGCGGUUCGACGAAUAAUUGGGUUUUAUGGAAUGUCGAGGGGGUUGAUGUGCCCGAAGAUGAGCAAUUGAACGAUUAUUUAUCGAUGGUUUCGAGUUUUUCUUCGGUUUCGGAUGAGAUUUCGAGCUUGGAUGGACUCGGCUCCCCGAUAUCGAAUGUUUCCGCUAAUAAUUCUCCGGCUCGUUUCUUUUCUAUGAAGAGUCGAGCUACUUCAUUUCAACAAGUACCUGCAAUGGAUUUCUUCCAGAAUGCAAAGGUGGUUCGAAUCCGUAGCAGCCACGGGAAGUACUUAACUGCUCAGGAUGACGAAGAGUCUGUCACUCAGGACAAGCAUGGUUUCACUAAGGCUGCGAAGUGGACUGUCGAGUUCCUCCCAGCUGAUCACAACAAUCACAAUAUUAUUCGUCUCAAGAGUUGUUACAAUAAGUAUCUGACAGCCUCUAAUCAGCCGUUCCUGCUUGGAGUGACAGGGAAGAAGGUUCUCCAGACUAUGCCAGACAGGCUGGACUCUUCUGUUGAAUGGGAGCCUCUUCGAGAUGGUGAUAACCAAGUGAAGUUCAGAACUCGAUAUGGUCAGUUUCUUCGGGCUAAUGGGGGACUUCCACCGUGGAGAAACUCUAUUACUCAUGACAUUCCUCAGCGGUCAGCUACUCAGGAUUGGAUUUUCUGGUACAUUGAUGUUCUUGAGAUUGUUCCGCCAAAGCCUAUGCAGAAGUUGAUUGCUGAUCACUCUGAUUCUUUUGGUUCUACUGAAUCUAGCACGCCAAAUACUCCUGCCAGUUUCUCCGGACCUGAGUCGGCUGAUUCAUUUGUAAGUUCGCCACCAAAGAGAGGAGACGGGAGGCUAAUAUUUUAUCACAUUUCUAAUGAAUUUGGGGAUGUAGACGAGGAUUUGGAUGAGCUUGUAAUUACUUUCAAGGGUACUGGAGUCGAUGAGUUAACGAAGAGGUUGGAGGAAGAGACUGGCCUCACUGGUAUUACUGUGUGUUCGCGGAGCCCUUUGAAUGGAAAGCUUUACCCACUUACAUUGCAUCUUCCUCCCAAUAAUGUGACUAUGAAUGUCGUUGUAGUUCAAUCUUCAUGAAAGUGGCUCGAGGCUUGGUAAAAACUAGAGGCUUUCAUUUAUGAGGUGCAUUAGGUUAGAAUCAGUAUUUUGCUGUCAAAAUUAUAAAGACAAGUCGAAGUCUUGUUCUCUACAAUUUACAGCAGGCUUCUUCUCCCUACUGAAAGAGGAGGAUGAUUUUCAGAGGCUUGUAUCUGGUAAUCUCUUUUGAUGUACGAGUUAAUAACGCUAAAUGAUCAAAUAAUGGUGGAAGCUAUGUAUGUUUCAUGUUGCAUUACAAACACAAAAGUAAUACUUGUCACAUUGUUUGAUUGUAUGAUGGCCUCUAUCUCCUGCUUGUAAUACUUCAUUUUUUCCCUUUUAUGAAGGAUGUUGCAAAACUGGAGUGAUUGCUGUGUAAAUUCUUGUGAGGGCCUUCUUAAUUGAACUAUUUGUGUCUACA